AUGUCUGGCAACCUCGCUCAGCUCACACCACCCAAACAACUGACCCAACAAGAGCGACAAACCGUUUUCCAGCAUAUAUUUCGUCGCCUGGCAGCAUAUAGAAACACUGCUGAGCUCUACGCAUUGACAGAGUACUCUUUGUCAUCCUUGCCAGAAAGUACGAAAUCCGAUAGAAGAAAUUCCUUCAAUAAAGGGCUGAAUGCGUGGGCGCAGCAGUUACUAGAACAUGCGUGGGUUGUAUGUGGAGAGCCUGAAGGAGAAAGAUGUCCUGAACUAGAUCCCUAUGCUGAUACUUCCACCGGUCAGCUACCUAAACUACUGUCCGAGCAGGGUCUUAAACGAGUCCUUAACUCCAUCCUUUUCCUCCAUAUCACAACGUCCAAGGAGUAUUCUGCUAGGACACGGUCAUUUCUGAACAAAUUUGGCAGCCUGGACGAGGAUAUCAUUGUUUCUACUCUUAGACAUCCAGACCGUGCCGUCGAAGAAGCACAGCGACAUACCAUGACGACUACUCAAGAUCACGCCCAGAAAAAUAAAGUGUUGAGGAUGGUCGGGAUGGGCCUUGGCGCGGUUGUUGGUGGUGUGUUGGUCGGUGUCACCGGGGGAUUAGCUGCGCCGCUUGUAGGUGCUGGCGUUACAACUGUUCUCGGAUGGCUCGGCAUCGGUGGGACAGUUGCGGGUUUGUUGGCUAGCGGACUAGCUGGAUCAUCUGUCGUCUGUGGGGCACUAUUUGGCGUGUACGGUGCCAAGUCCACGGCAGAUAUGGUUCAGAGGCACACGAGGGAAAUACGAGAUUUAGCUGUUUUGCCGAUUGGCGUUCAGUCCGAAGAAACCCUUGGGGUUCGGCUCUGUGUUAGUGGAUGGAUAUCGUCGCCUAUCGAUUUCUCGGUUCCUUGGACUGUAUUCGGAGGUGACAACACAUUUGCUUUGCAAUGGGAAGUCCAAGCAUUGCAAGAACUUUCAGAUGCGCUUCUCACUCUUGUUAAAUCUCAUACCAUGAAAUACAUCAAAGUGGAAAUCGUCAAGCGCACCGUCUUCGCGAGUUUGAUGAGCUCUUUAGCGCCUAUUGCGUGGCUGAAGAUAGGACAGAUAAUAGACAAUCCUUGGAUGAACUCCAAGGCACUAGCCAUCAAAGCCGGAGCAGUCUUAGGAGACCUGCUAGCCAAACGCGCGUUCGGAAAUCGACCUGCCACUCUGGUUGGUUAUUCGUUAGGAUCCUUGGUUAUCUUCGAAGCGCUCAAGUUCCUCGCCGCUCUUCCGCCAUUGGAUACUGGACAUCUAAUCGAAGACGUCUUUCUUUAUGGGACGCCUGUCUCAACAGACCAAGCAACGUGGGCCAGUGUAAGAAGAUUAGUAUCAGGCCGACUCGUCAACGGUUAUUCCACGAACGAUUAUGUCCUUGCUGUGCUUUCACGCGUGUCGAGCGUAACCUGGAACGUAGCAGGUCUUCAUUCAGUUGAUGUCGUGGGCGUAGAGAAUGUCCAUUGCGAUUUUGUUGAUGGCCAUACCAUGUGGAGAGGAAUGAUAGGGAAAUCGUUGCAGCUUGUCGAUGCUCCAGGACUGGUUGAUUCUGAAAUCUAUCUUCAAAUGGAGAACAUUGGCAGGCGGACAGAAGAGUUGGAUCUGGGAUCAAGUCAAGAAGACUGGCUUCAGAAGGAUGCGAAUUAA